GAAAAAAUAUGUAAAAAUGGCUUCCACUCCUACCUCUGCACAGCCGCCCAGCUGUGCAUUGCAGCGGACUCUGAGAAAAUUAAGCUCCACAUGUUUAGGCACAGGACAAAACAGGACGUGUCAAGAACCUCUGUAUGUCCUCUCGUUAGACCGUUACAUGAGGGACCCAAAUUUUGCGGUAUUUUUCCAGGGAAGUAUUCACGCCUCAGACAGCCUGUAUGAUACCACUUUGACUGACGGAGACUGUAAGAUUCGCGUCUCUAUUGAACCAAGAUUAAAUCAUCUUAUUGUGAAAAACCAACUUCGUUGUGGUAGUACCCUAACAAAUGUGGAAUUCUUCGUGGAAGAAAACCUUGAAGAGGGUAGAACGGAUGUUCUCGUAACAAACCUGGAAUUGGACCAGCGGUCUGACCAAGAUGCUGGUCUGCGCGCGCUGUUUGGAGUUAGUGUUAAAUCUCUUCCUUGGUGGACCGGGGUAGAACCCAGUCCUCUCCCACUACGAGCACGAAGAGCUACAUAUCUACCACUCUGGAAUGACCACGACUUUUCUGGAGAAGUGUGGCGAGACCGGCCACCGGACGACACGAAUGAACGCACAACAUCUCGUGCUCCAGUUUCACUCAGCGACGUGCGCCAGCGCUUUCUGAGUGAUGGGUCACGAAUCCGUGGUGAUAUUCGUGUCAGAAUCCUGCAGAAGUCUCGACUGAUGCAUUAUGGCAAAGCAGAGCAGAACUGUUUAUGCCCAUACAAGGCUGAGAUGCAGGUGGCGGAUGCGUCGGCUAGCGUGUGUGUGGUGCUCUGGAACUCUCUGUGUGUGGAGUGGUACCGGCGUCUGCAUCCAGGCAUGGUGCUGCGUCUGAGCCGCUUCAGAGUGCGGGAGAGUUUCGGCCACCGCACUGGCCAGAACACAGAGCCUGACAUUGAGAUCAGUUUAAACUCCUCCCACCCAAGUGCCAUCAUUUCCAUAGUGUCACCGGUGUCUCCAGAGUGGCGUUUGCCAGAUGUACCACAUGACUUUUGUAAGGGGACCGAUCUCCAGAGUAGUCCCCAUGGUAACAUCUGUGAUGUGGUUGGCCUGGUCAUCUUCGUUGGCAGGCCAGAGUGCAUCCUGAAGAAGGAAGGAAAGAUGGACAAUUUCCGCUGGAUCCAAUUGGAGGAUGGGACCUCUGAACAACCAAUCAUGGUUAAGUUGUACUCCACAUCUCAGCCUGAUGUUCAUAGUACGAUCCAACCCAUGGCGGUGUUUGUCUGCACCAGGCUCCAGUUGGUGAAAGGAUCAUCGCAGUUCUACUACCUCACCAACACACAGUACACACAGGUGUACUGCACAGGCACUGGCUGCCCUCUUGCAAUGCCAUAUAAAGGUAUUCGCCCAUUCAGGCAGUUCCUCCAAUGGCUUGAUCAGACAGAUGAAAGUCAUGUAAUGAACCGGUCUGUGGUUGGAGGAUACUUCAUCUAUCCACCCCCUCCGGCCUCACUCCGAAUCUUCAUGGAGGAACGGAAAGCACAUCCCGGGCUGGUCAGUGGACAGGAGCUGAAAGUUCUGUGUGGGAAGCUUCAGUACAGGGAGUCUCAGCGUUUCUGUGUCCAGUGCACCAUCUGUGCCGUAGAGUACCAUCAUCAGGAGGAUGGACACAUGAGUUUCCUCUCCUCUCCUUCCGCUGCUCCUACAAGCCCAGGCUUUCCAGCAGAGCCUCAGCAAAGAAUACGGUCACCAAGAGUGCAGAAAAGGCCAAACCCCAUUACAGCUGGAACUCCCAGGAAGAGACUGUUUUUACCUUCAUCUGACCCAGAGGAGAUUUCUGACAGUGAGUUAUCUCUCUUUGAUAGUGCGCUGGAGUUUCUCAUAGGAGACGAGAAAGAUUUGGAUAAUCCUGGUAAUGACGAAGAUAGUGACGGUGACAGUUACAUCACUGCGCAUACCAGCCCUACCUGCUCCUUCGGCCUCUCCCAAGCCUCUACGGAAACCAUUCCACGGAGCUUCUGUUUCCAGCGACGACAUGUUCAGGCCAGUGCCACAGGCCUUCAGCCCAGCACCUUCCAUAAGCUCCUCCCUUCUGAGGAGCUGGAGUCAUUCAGCCCUGCUGACUUCUACAAAGGCCAUUACACACUGCAGCUACGAGCUCUCUCUGAUGGAGUGGUAGUGAACGCCCUGUUCCUUCCUGCUUCCCUGGAAACCACCCACUGGAGGCCACUCCCCUACCCACACACCAACACCUGGGAGAACAUCCUAUCACAUGGUGGCUUCUCCCCACACGCCCCGCCCCCCAGCCCAGCGGACCUGAUGGCCACUAAAGCCCAGCUGCUGAAUCAGAAGUUUGUGUGUGUGCUGGAGGCUUGUCCGCUGGGCAGAAACAGGCUGGAGCUGGUCCUAAGUCGUGCCUUUCCCUUGCAGAGCUAAGCCAUAAGGAUGUGAAAUACAAACACAAAAACUCACCCAUUUUAAAUGUGAUGGUGAGAAGCACUUUAUUUGACCUGUUCUGUGUAAAUGUUAAGUAACUUAACUAUUUAAGUAAAUGUAAACACCAUUUUUGGUUCACAUUUUACACGUUGUAUUUAUAAACCUAUACUGCUACAUGCUGUGUUGUACGGGGCUAUAUUUUGUAAAGUAAUGUUAGUAUUAAAGUUAUACCAUGUGAUGUAUUUUUGUGCUUGUGGAAUAAUAAGACUGACCAUUGCCAAGAAAAUUGGUAAUUCUAUUCAGUUCUUGUGGAUCAACGGAGGUAACUGUCAUUUCAUAUACAGUGCAUUCAGAACAUAUCGAGACCCCUUCACCUUUUUCACAUUUAUGUUGCAGCCUUAUGCUAAUACUGCUCAAACAAGUGGUAUGUAUCUCUGUCAAUUCAUGACCAGCAUAAACAGAACUCUGCAGUGAGAAAAUAUAAUUCCCUGAAACUAUACAAUACGUUUUAGCCACAGAUUUAUCUAAUCCAGGUGUUGUGUUGUGUAAUUAUGACCACUCCGACCUCUGCUGUCCGAGGGUUCGAGUCCAGUGUGGGACUGUAUAUUUCUAUUUAAUACAAUAUAAUAGCAAGACCAA